ACAUAGAUCCUCUCUGCUCCUUCAAAAACUAUUUAGUUCCACUUCCUCUGCAUAUUUGCUAGCAGUUGUUGAAAAAGUUGAUAUCUUGAUGGAGAUUAGCACAGGUACUCAUGAUGAUAUCGUGCACGGGCUUGAUGAUGACUUGGAGAUCAUAGUGAAAAGAUUGAGAGGACCACCGUUGGAUCUUGACAUUGUCACAAUAUCAGGCAUGGGUGGCAUUGGCAAAACAACACUCGCUAGAAAAGCUUAUGAUCAUCUUUCAAUCAGGUAUCACUUUGACACUCUUGCUUGGGUUACAAUAUCUCAAGAAUUUCAAGGUAGAAAUGUACUUUUAGAGGUUAUAGGUUGCAUUUCCAACACAAACGAUUAUGAUAAGAUGGAUGACAAUGAGUUAGCUGAUCUAGUGCAGAAAAAACUAAAGGGUCCAAGAUACCUUGUCGUUGUUGAUGAUAUUUGGAGGAUAGAUGUUUGGGAUAGUAUAAGAGGAAUAUUUCCUAAUUACAACAAUGGGAGUCGAAUCUUAUUGACUACUAGGGAAACUAAGGUAGCGAUGUAUGCAAGUACUAGUAUCCCUCAUAAGAUGAACCUCUUGAAUUUAGAAAACGGAUGGAAGUUACUUCGGGAUAAGGUGUUUGGACCAAAACAUGAUCAUCCUCCUAAAUUGGAAAAAAUAGGAAAGGAAAUAGUAGAAAAGUGCCAAGGACUACCCUUAACAAUUUCAGUGAUUGCGGGACAUCUUUCUAAGAGGGCAAGGACGUUAGAAGGUUGGAAGGAUGUCUCCCGGACCUUAAGUGAAAUCGUUGCUAGUCAUCCAGAUAAAUGCUUAGGAGUGCUCGGUUUGAGUUACCAUCACUUGCCUGAUCGCCUCAAACCUUGCUUUCUUUCUAUGUGUAUUUUUCCGGAGGAUUUUCAGGUUCAGACUUGGAGAUUGAUCCAAUUAUGGAUUGCAGAAGGUUUCAUAAGGACGUCUGCAGGAAGUCAUAAAAGUUUGGAGGAAGUGGCGAUAGAUUAUUUAGAGGACCUUAUCAGCAGGAACUUGAUACGGGCUAGAAAAAGGAGAUUCAAUGGUGAGAUAAAAACAUGUGGUAUACACGAUCUACUACGUGAGUUCUGUUUGAAAGAAGCUGAAAUGACAAAGUUUAUGCAUGUUGAGAGAACUUACCCUCCUCUUCCAGAACAUAAGCAUAAUGUUCGUCGCUUCAGUUUUCAAACCAUGUCUUAUACACUUGAUGAUUGGUAUGAAUUAUUACCCCCUGUUGCCGAAUCUAUCUACUUGUUUUCUCGAUUGGAUCUACCUUUUACACCCCGUAUUCAUCUUCACGGGAAAUCUCCCAUCUGUUGUCCUAUAAUGCAUGAAUUUUUCUGUCGUUUCAACUUUCUUAGGGUGUUGGCCAUCUUCAAUGGAGUUGUAAGUUCUCAAUCAUUUCCACUUGUGGUUACAAAGUUAUUUCAUUUGAGAUUUCUACAACUUCGAUUUCAUGGCAAUAUUCCUGAAUCAAUCUCAGAUCUUCAGAAUUUGCGAACUCUAAUUUGUAGUGGUAAGUCUUCCGAAUCAAUGUCAGAUCUUGAGUAUUUGAUAAAUGAAGGUUGUAGUGAUAAUUCUUCCGAUAUAACCUUACCGGAGAAUAUAUGGAUGAUGAAGAACUUGAGGUUUAUACGUCUUCAAGGAGUUGCUUAUUUACCAAGUCCUUCAAGUGAAAGAAUUAUAAAUAAGCAUCUGGUGGCAGGGUUGCCAAAUCUAGGGGAAUUUUCUAAUCUUUGUUACUCGGGUUGUACGAAUGAAGUCUUUUCUGGCGUUCCCAAUUUAAAGAGAUUGAUCAUUCGUACACCUUCGUCCAAACAAAAAAAUUCACCCGAUCUUGAGCUCUUGGAUAUGUCCAGCUUGAGAAAACUCGAAGCAUUCAAGUGUUACUUCGAGAGAUGUUAUUGGCUCAUGGAUAUGUCCAUCAAGAAUUUUGUUUUGCCAAAAUCACUUAAGCGGUUGAGUUUAAACAGGUGUAAGUAUUUUCUUUGGGAAGACAUUACAUCAAAAGUGGUCAUGUUGCCAAAUCUUGAAGAGCUCAAGCUUAAAUAUUGCAAAGCCGAUGAUGAUGUAUGGAGAUUGAGCGAUGAAGACGAGUUCAAAAGCUUGACAUUGCUGUUACUGAGCAAUCUAAAUCUUGAGCGUUUGGAAGCUACCAUUGAUAACUUCCCGAAUCUAAAACGCCUUGUUCUGAAGGAUUGUGACGACCUGCAAGAAAUUCCAUCAGAUUUUGGGGAAAUUUAUACUUUGGAGUCGAUUGAGUUACAUUUUUGCAGCGCUACUGCUGAGGAUUCUGCCAGAAAAAUUGCAAAAGAACAAGAGGAAAUGGGAAAUAAUCCCCUUAAGGUCAACAUACGUCGAAGUUACUAUUCAGGCAAAUGAAGUUUAUUUUGAGGGACAAUCUAAUGCUAUCUUCCAAAUCCCGAACCUUGUUGCUCAUAUUUUCGUUUUUAAGUUCAUCAUUGUUUGCUAAGUUCUUGUUUUAGGAAUAUGUUUAAUACAUGUCUUGUCCAUUUGUGAUUUCAUAUUUUGUAUAUGGUAACUAUUGAUGUACUGUAAUAUCUAUUUCGCUUUCAAUCUAUUAUGCAUAGCCUAUGGAAUAUAAGAGCCAAAAGUUUCACACUUUGAAUCUGUUUUCCUCUCUUCAAGAAUACAUGUUUUUCAUUGAU